CUCUCCUCAACGGCCUCAAGAGAUGUAAUAAAUAAUCACUUUGCAAUGUUAACAUCUUGUUUUAAUAAAAAAAUUAGCAGUGAUUUAACUAUUCAAUCAAGUAAUCCUAGCAUUAUUAGAGAUGUCAGUUUUGGAUCGUUCAAUUGUUACAUUGGAAAGUUUGGUCCUAGUGAUGCUGCUGGAUUGGCUAAUUUACCUGAGGUUAUUAAUGUAGAACGAGAUAGAGCAUAUAGAAUAAAUGCAGUUCUAGCCUCUGGCCCUCCAACAACAACUGCUCCUGUAGUUUCUUCUAAAACGCCUAUCAAUCUGGAUCGUAUUGACCAACAACACCGUCCAUUGAAUGGAAAAUAUACUUAUCCUAAAAGUGCUGGUUCUAAAGUAAAUGUUUAUCUUGUUGAUACAGGUGUUAAUGUAAAUAAUACAGAAUUUGGAGGACGGGCAAAAUUAGGUCCGGUUUUCUGUGAAGGAUGUCCGAAUAUAGAUGAUUAUGG